AUUAUCGUCGUUGCUUGAAUAUGGAAAUCGUUGCAAAAAAUCUGUGGAUACUUGUUGGUAAUAAUAAGAAAUAUCAUCAGCAUCGCUAUCUGGAUCAACAAUUAAUCACAAACAAUUAUCGCAAUCGUCGUCAUCAACAACAGCCCAAUCACUAAAUGAUGAUUCUUCAAUUGCCACAAGACAAAAUAAAAAAGCGCAACGCUUGUUCCUUUCUAUCUAUUCUACUGUGAACUUCUUAAAAUGCCUUUUAAAAAAUUUCAAAGACGAGUUAGCGGACCAGGAGCAUACUGUAAUAACUAUCUGCAAGCUAGUCAGGAAAAUUCCGAGUUUCUACAAUUGAAUCAAAAUCAGCUGCACCAGUCAUCAGUGAACGUUGGCUACAGUAACAUAGUUUAUAGCGGCAAUAGCGGCAGUACUUCUUCACAUCAUUAUAAUAAUGGUCAAAGGGGUAGCAGCAGUAGUCAACAAGCAACUGGCGGAACAUUAACUGCUGAUAAAAAGAUCAAAAGUGGUCUCGAAAUAAAUACCUACCACGCUUCAGAUAGUUUAAUUGACAGUAAAGGUCUCAAAAGCUACCAAAAGUCGUCAUCAGCGAACAAUUGCAGUAGUAGUAGCCCGCAUACCCACAAAACAAGUGUCUUUAGUACACCGAAUAACGUCAAGAAUGCAGCAACUCUGUCGACCCAGCAUCUGCAUUUGAGCGAUCAGACGGACAGAGGCGGAGGCGGCGAGCAAUUUAUGCUGAAUGAGUCGAAUAAUGGUGGAAAGCAGCAACAACAACGCGGUUCUCACCAAUCAAGCAACAAAUCAAGUAACAAAUCAAACAUACAUAAUCCCAUCAAUCAGCAAUUGAUUGCGACAAGUUCGUGUCAGGGCUCGUAUCAUUCGUUGCCGGCGGGCGGAAGUAGUGGCACGCCAUUGCACGAUCCCACGGUCUACUACUUGCAGCAUUCCCAGCACUCGUCGAGCGGUGGCGGCGGAAAUGGUAGUAACAAUUCGCCCUCAUCCACAAUUAGUCAUCAAGCGGCAGCAACGCAUACACAGGCUUAUCGACACAGUCAUCCGGGCGAGUCAAUUGCCCUGGUUAGUCGGAGCGGUAGUGUCAGAGCUAGAGUGAAUAGUGAUUCAAAGUGUAUUGCAAACCAACCAAAUACUAGCAAAAAUAAAGAUAAAUGUGCUACGCAACAGCAACAGCAGCAACAAACAAGUGCAACAGCAAAUAACCGUAAUAAUAAUUCAAAAAGCAAUAAUAACAAUUAUAAUAAUAGUAGCAAUCGUCCUAGUGCAAGUGCAAGUGCAAGUGAAUCAAAUAAUCCACUAAGACAUAUUAUUAGACAAAACAGUAAAAAUAUUGAAUUUAAUCGACAAUUAAGUGCACCAACUGAAAACCAAAAUAGCUACAAUUCAGUGUACAAUUUGCAUCACGGAGGCAUCCUAAAUAACAGCGCACAUUAUUAUCAUAGUGGCUCACCAAACACAAAUAGUCUCAAUCGGACAAAAAAGAAACGCAGCUUCAAACUUAACGGCAGACUCUUUAGUGCAGCCAGCUCGGAUUCAAUUAGGUUUCAUUCGAAUUUACUAAGCCGAAAUGAUAACGACCUAAGGAUAUCGCUAGAUAACACAUGUACUGAUUCGUUAGUGACUGCAUUAGAUGAUGAAGCACUGUUAAUAAAUGACUACAUGAACGACAUGUCGAAGUCAAAGGUCCAUUUUGAUGAUGUCUCGUUAUAUGGGACCCCGAAAGAGGAACCAUUGCCCAGCAUACCAGCGGUGGCCGAGAAAACAUCAUCAAAUUUCUUAAAAAAUCAAUUACAAGCAUGGUUUCAGCCGACCGACAACCGGCUGGCCAUGAAAUUGUUCGGCAGCAAAAAGGCACUAGUUAAGGAAAGGAUACGUCAAAAAACCUCCGGACAUUGGGUCAUACAUCCGUGUAGUUCAUUUCGAUUUUACUGGGACUUGUGUAUGCUAUUAUUACUGGUGGCAAACUUAAUUAUUCUACCUGUAGCCAUAUCCUUUUUUAAUGACGACCUUAGCACAAGGUGGAUUGCCUUUAAUUGUUUAAGUGAUACGAUAUUCCUGGUUGACAUAGUUGUAAAUUUUAGAACUGGUAUUAUGCAACAAGAUAAUGCUGAACAAGUGAUAUUAGAUCCUAAAUUAAUAGCUAAGCACUAUCUAAGAACCUGGUUUUUUCUUGAUUUAAUUUCGUCAAUACCGUUGGAUUAUAUCUUUUUAAUUUUUAACCAGUAUAUUCAAGCCUAUGCCUCGGAUUUUUCAGACUCAUUUCAAAUCCUACACGCAGGACGAGCGCUUCGUAUACUUAGGCUAGCAAAAUUACUGUCACUCGUAAGACUGUUGAGACUGUCACGUUUAGUUCGAUACGUAUCACAAUGGGAGGAAGUUUAUAUCCUACAAAAUCUGCAAAAAAAACAUACAGAUCGUCGUGGAAGAUCGGGAAAAAAAGAAAAGAAAGGCUUUUCAAAAAGCGGUCUUAUUUUUAAGUUCCUUAAUAUGGCAUCAGUCUUUAUGAGAAUUUUCAAUCUCAUAUGCAUGAUGUUGCUAAUUGGUCAUUGGAGUGGCUGCUUGCAGUUUCUCGUGCCGAUGUUGCAAGGUUUCCCGUCAAAUUCAUGGGUGGCGAUCAAUGAAUUACAGGAAGCUUAUUGGCUAGAACAAUACUCUUGGGCGUUAUUUAAGGCGAUGUCACAUAUGUUGUGUAUCGGUUACGGAAGAUUUCCACCACAAUCGUUAACGGACAUGUGGCUUACUAUGCUCUCUAUGAUUUCUGGAGCAACAUGCUAUGCAUUAUUCCUAGGUCAUGCAACUAAUUUAAUUCAAAGUUUGGAUUCGAGUCGAAGACAGUACAGAGAAAAGGUGAAACAAGUGGAGGAGUAUAUGGCUUAUCGCAAGCUUCCAAGAGACAUGCGACAAAGAAUCACGGAAUACUUUGAACAUCGAUACCAAGGCAAGUUCUUUGACGAGGAGCUCAUAUUGGGUGAACUUAGCGAAAAACUGCGGGAAGAUGUGAUAAAUUACAACUGCAGGUCCUUGGUUGCUUCAGUGCCUUUUUUUGCAAAUGCUGACUCUAAUUUUGUAUCAGAUGUAGUAACUAAAUUAAGAUACGAAGUUUUUCAACCAGGUGAUAUUAUUAUUAAGGAAGGUACAAUAGGAUCCAAAAUGUAUUUCAUACAAGAAGGAAUUGUCGAUAUUGUUAUGGCAAAUGGCGAGGUGGCUACAUCCUUAUCGGACGGUUCAUAUUUUGGUGAAAUUUGUUUAUUAACGAAUGCACGUCGAGUAGCGAGCGUUAGAGCCGAAACCUAUUGUAAUUUAUUUUCGUUAAGUGUUGAUCAUUUUAAUGCUGUAUUGGACCAAUAUCCUCUUAUGAGAAAAACUAUGGAGACUGUUGCCGCUGAAAGAUUGAAUAAAAUCGGUAAAAACCCCAAUAUAAUGCAGCAAAAAGACGAUGCUGAUGGCAAUGCGGACUCGAAUACAAUUAGUGCUGUUGUCAAUGCGUUAGCUGCCGAGGCCGAGCAAGUGAAUAACAUUAGCUUUUCGAGCGACGAAAGCGAAAGCUUAAAGAAAAUCAACUCCGACAUGAGUCUAAACGAAAUGACACAAAGUCUUAGGAUGAGUUUGCCAAGACCUAAGUCUGGUGAGUUUAGAGCACUUUUCGAAGGAAAUAGUCCUUAGAGUAAUCCAAUCCUCUUCAUCCUUCAACCGAUCAAUCAAUUGUCUAACACACACACGUACGGAAAUUGUGCGGUCGCAAUGUGCAAAAAAACCGAGAAACAAAGUUCAAUGUUACCACUUCUACUAGCAAAAGUACCGCGCAAAAGGAUAAUCAUUCAUUGCACAGAGGUGGAUUUCAUAAGUCGGAGCAACUGUUUCGCGAAACGAGUUUUCGUUCAUGAUGUCAUGAAAGCCUAC